AUGGGCAUCUCCACGUCGCCCAGCCCGCAUCGCUAUUCGGGGCCACGCGUGAUUGGCCCGGGGCAACGGGCUGCGAUUGGUCGCCCGGAUCCGGUGGGCGUGGCCUCGGUUUGCACACGUCGCCUAAGUACUGAGAGGGCCCCCACAGGCUAUCUGAGCGGCCAUUCCUUCGUGAAGCACGACGAUGAGGCGCUCGUCCGCUCUCUUCCUACUCUUCUUCCUAGUUGCAUCUAUCGCGAUCUACCCCCCUUCACCAGCGCCGAAGAUGAGGUAGAUGAUGUGAACGGAAAGGUCAACACCGGCAAAGGAAAGGGAACUGAUCAGGACACGAUUGCAAGGGAAGAAGAAGCCAUCAAGCUCGAUGGUCUGUCCGUGGCCGAGGUCAAGAAGCUCCGAGCGGCCGCUGAAAAACACGAAUUCCAAGCGGAGGUCAACCGGAUGAUGAAGUUGAUUAUCAACUCGCUCUACCGCAACAAGGAGAUCUUCCUUCGUGAGCUGAUCUCUAACGCUUCCGAUGCCCUCGACAAGAUCCGCCUGCUUUCGCUCACCGAUCCCGACCAACUCCGCGAGACCGAUGACACCAGCAUCAAGAUCAAGGCUGACCGCGACAACAAGGUGCUCCACAUCAUCGACUCGGGUGUCGGCAUGACCAAGAAGGAUCUGAUGAACAACUUGGGAACCAUCGCCCGCUCCGGAACCUCCGAGUUUAUGAGCAAGCUGAUGGACUCUGCUACCAGCCAGGAGCAGCAACAGGACCUGAUCGGCCAAUUCGGAGUCGGCUUCUAUUCGGCCUUCCUCGUCGCCGACCGCGUGGUCGUCACCACCAAGCACAACGAUGAUGACCAGUACAUCUGGGAAUCUGACUCGGCCAGCUACUCCCUGACCAAGGACCCCCGCGGAAACACCCUCAAGCGCGGAACGCAAAUCACGCUCUACAUGAAGGAAGAGGCCAUGGACUUCCUGGAGCCGGACACCCUCAAGAACCUCGUCCACAAGUACUCUCAGUUCAUCAACUUCAACAUCUUCUUGUGGCAGAGCAAGACCGAGACUGUCGAGGAGCCAAUUGAGGAGGAAGAGCCCAAGGAAGAUGGCGCCGUCGAGGAGGAGAAGGAGAAGACCAAGAAGGUCGAGAAGACGAUCUGGGACUGGGACAAGGUCAACACCGUCAAGCCGAUCUGGAUGCGCAAGCCUUCCCAAGUCGAAGAUGAGGAGUACAACGAGUUCUACAAGAGCGUCACCAAGGACUCGACGAAGCCCCUGGCCCAUGUGCACUUCAACGCUGAGGGUGAAGUCUCCUUCAAGGCUAUCCUCUACGUGCCCAACAGCUCGCCCACUGAUAUGUUCCAGAACUACGGAAAGGUUGCCGAGAACAUCAAGCUCUACGUCCGCCGCGUCUUCAUCACCGAUGACUUCGCCGACAUGAUGCCUAAGUACCUCUCCUUCAUCCGUGGUAUCGUCGACUCUGACGAUCUGCCCCUCAACGUUUCCCGCGAAAACCUCCAACAGCACAAGCUCCUCAAGGUCAUCAAGAAGAAGCUCGUCCGCAAGGUGCUCGACAUGAUCAAAAAGCUCGAGGGCGAGCAGUUCGACAGCUUCUGGAAGGAGUUCUCCACCAACGUCAAGCUCGGUGUGAUGGAAGACCCGUCCAACAGGAUGCGUUUGGCCAAGCUGCUCCGAUUCCAGUCUUCCAACGACGACGAGAAGCUGACUUCUUUGGCCACCUACGUGGAGCGCAUGAAGGAGAAGCAGGAGCACAUCUUCUACAUGGCUGGCACUUCUCGCAAGGAGGUCGAAACGUCGCCGUUCGUUGAGCGCCUUCUCGCCAAGGGAUACGAGGUUCUCUACCUGACCGAGCCCGUCGACGAGUACUGCAUCCAGGCUAUGCCCGAAUUCGAGGGCAAGAAGUUCCAGAACGUCGCCAAGGAGGGCAUCAAGAUCGAGGAGGGCGAGAAGGGCGAAGAGGCGCACAAGGAGCUCGAGAAGGAGUUCGAGCCCCUCACCGACUGGCUGAAGGAUAAGGCCCUCAAGGACAAAAUCGAGAAGGCCGUCGUGUCGAAGCGCCUCGUCAAGUCGCCAUCGGCCCUUGUUGCUUCGAGCUACGGCUGGUCCGGCAACAUGGAGCGCAUCAUGAAGUCGCAGGCCUACGCCAAGGCCAAGGAUCCCACCCACGACUUCUAUGCCGCCCAGAAGAAGACCUUCGAGAUCAACCCGCGCCAUCCGGUCGUCAGGGAACUGCUUCGCCGUGUUGAGGCCGACAAGGAGGACAAGAAGAGUUUGGACACGGCCGCUCUGCUUUUCGAAACCGCGGCACUGAGGUCCGGCUUCUCUCUGGAUGACCAGGUCGGAUUCGCCGAGCGCAUCGAAGCUGUGAUCCGCCAGAAUCUCGAAGUUUCCCAGGACGCCGAGGUUGAGGCCGAGCCUGAGCACGAAGAGUCUACCGAAAAGGCCGCUCAGGAGGAGGAGAUUGACGUCGAAGAGGAGCACUCUGAGCUG